CUGAACAUGGAGGGGUCUCUGAUAGCCCGGGACCUCGUGGGCAUCCAGGACUUUGUGCUUUUGGACCCCCACACCAGUGAAGCCGCCUUCCUGGACAACCUGAGAAAACGCUACUGUGAAAACCUCAUUUAUACCUACAUUGGCACUCUCCUGGUGUCCGUCAAUCCGUACAAAGAGCUCGACAUUUACAACGCAAAGCAAAUGGAGACGUACAUGGGCGUCAACUUCUUUGAGCUGCCGCCCCACAUCUACGCCCUGGCGGACAACGCGUACCACACCAUGCUGGUGGAGAGGAACAACCACUUCAUCCUGAUCUCCGGAGAGAGUGGCGCGGGCAAGACCGAGGCCUCCAAGAAGAUCCUGCAGUUCUACGCCACCAGCUGCCCGAGCACUAGCCUCCUGAACAGUGUGCGAGACCGAAUGCUGGUCUCCAACCCGGUCCUGGAGGCUUUCGGGAAUGCCAAAACGCUGAAGAACGACAACUCCAGCCGCUUCGGGAAGUACAUGGACAUCCAGUUCGACAGCGAGGGAGAGGCUGUCGGGGGACACAUUCUCAGCUACCUGCUAGAGAAGUCCCGGGUGGUCCAUCAAAACCACGGCGAGAGGAACUUCCACAUCUUCUACCAGCUGGUGGAGGGUGGGGAUGACGAGCUCCUUCACUCCCUGGGCCUGGAGAGGGACUGCCAGCAGUACAAUUACCUGGUGCAGGGGGAAUGUGCCAAAGUGAGCUCCAUCUAUGACGAGAACGACUGGAAGACGAUGAGGAAAGCACUCUCUGUCAUUGAGUUCUCAGAGAGUGACAUCCAGCCUUUGUUUGAGGUUAUCGCCAGCGUCCUCCACCUGGGCAACGUCUUCUUCGAACCCGACUACAAGGGCUACGCCACUUUGCCCAGCAAUGUUGAAUUGCGCUGGGUGUCGAAGUUACUGGGCGUCCAUGUGCAGGUGCUUCUGGAGGUCCUCACCUACAGGAAGAUUGAGGCCAAGACAGACGAGGUCCUCAGCCCCUUCACCAUGGACCAUGCCAUCUACGCGAGGGACGCGUUGGCCAAAGCGAUUUACGGUCGCACCUUCACCUGGCUCGUUAACAAGAUCAAUGAGUCUUUAGCUAAUCAGGAUUCUACUAGGAAGACAGUCAUUGGGUUAUUGGACAUCUAUGGCUUUGAAGUAUUCUAUGUGAACAGUUUUGAACAGUUCUGUAUAAACUAUUGCAAUGAGAAGCUGCAGCAGCUGUUCAUCCAGCUGACUCUGAAAGCUGAGCAGGAGGAGUACGAAACGGAGGGCAUCGAGUGGGAGCCGGUGCAGUUCUUCAACAACAAGAUCAUCUGCGACCUUGUGGAGGAGAAGCACAGGGGCAUCAUCUCCGUGCUGGAUGAGGAGUGUCUGAGACCCGGGGAGGCCACAGACCUCACCUUCCUGCAGAAGCUGGAGGACAAGAUGGGCAACCACCCACAUUUUGUCACACACAAGCUGGCUGACCAGAAGAUGCGUAAGACGCUGGAGAGGGGGGAUUUCCGUCUGCUGCACUACGCGGGCGAGGUCACCUACUGCGUCAUAGGAUUCAUUGACAAAAACAAUGAUCUUUUGUACAGGAACAUCAAAGAGGUGAUGCAGCAGUCCAAAAACGCCAUCGUCAGGCAGUGCUUCACCACCGCGGAGCCAGAGAGCCGGAAGAGGCCGGAGACGGUGGCCACCCAGUUCAAGAACAGCCUGACGAAACUGACCGAAAACCUCAUGUCCAAAGAGGCCUGGUACGUGCGAUGCCUGAAGUCCAACGAUGCCAAGGAGCCUGGGCGGUUUGACGAGGCGCUGGUGAGGCACCAGGUGAAGUACCUGGGCCUGAUGGAGCACCUGAGGGUCAGGAGGGCGGGGUUCGCGUACCGACGGCGAUACGAGAACUUCCUGAAGAGGUAUAAGCCCUUGUGUCCGGACACCUGGCCCCACUGGCACGGGGUGCCUGCUGACGGCGUCGAAAAACUGGUCAAACACCUGGGCUACAAGCCAGAUGAGUACAAAAUGGGCAGAACAAAGAUAUUCAUCCGUCACGCCAGGACACUUUUUGCCACAGAAGAUGCCUUUGAGCGCUGUAAACAUGAGCUGGCGUCAAGGAUUCAGGCAAAGUACAAAGGCUACAGAGCGAAAGGAGAGUUCAAGAAACAGAAAGAAGCAGCCACCAAGAUCGAGACCUGCUGGAGAGGAGUCCAGGCCCGAAAAGAGAGAGACAAGAGGGCGUGGGCCGUCAAGGUCAUCAAAAAGUUUAUCAAGGGGUACAUGAACAGGCAUCAGGCGUCAUCUUCGGACAACUCCGAGUACCUGGCCUUCGUCAGAGUCAACUUUCUGAAAAGGCUGGCAGCGAACCUGCCCAAAACUGUCCUGGACAAAUCCUGGAUCACCCCUCAGCCUGUGGUGCAGGAGACCUCAGAGAUCCUGCGUGUGCUGCACUCACGGACGCUGGUGAGGAAGUACGUGAGAGGGCUCGCCCCCCAGCGGAAAGCCCAGCUGCAACUUAAGGAGAAAACCAGCGCCAUGUUUAAGGGGAAGAAGGACAGCUACCCGCAGAGCGUCUGCAGACCCUUUGUAGACACCAGGAUCAGUGAAGAGGAUAUCAACGUCAGGGUCAUGCAGACAAUUCGCCACGAACGAAUCAAGUAUAGCACCCCGGUGGUGAAGUACGACAGGAACGGCUUCAAGUCGCGCCAGCGGCAGCUGAUCCUCACCCAGGCCGCAGCCUACGUGGCCGAGGAGGCCAAGAUCAAACAGAGGGUCCCGUACGCGGCGCUGACCGGUGUGUCGGUCAGCAACCUGACGGACAGCAUUAUGAUCCUGCACGUCAAAUGCGAUGACGCCAAACAGAAGAGGGACCUGGUGCUGGAGUGUGAGCACCUGUUUGAGGCGCUGACCAAGCUGAGCGUGGUGGGAAACAAGCCGAACCUCGUCACCGUGGGGCAGGGGAGCAUCAAAUUCGAUAUCCAGCCGGGUAAAGAGGGGUUUGUGGACUUCAGCAGCGGGCAGGAGCCAAUGGUGUACAAAGCCAAGAACGGGCACCUGAUGGUGGUAUCUCAGCGAGCCAGGGCCCGAUGAGGGGGGGACGGGUCUCCCGGACACACGAUACGCCCGACGGAUCCUUCCGGACCCCUGAAUAUUUCAUCAGAGAGAAGAUACACCUGCCGAAAGACCCACCACCCCCUGAAACGCAGUGACAUCACCCUGUGGGAGGGGUCCAAGCUGCAACGUGCGGGGGGAGGGGUUCUCAUCCGUUAAAAUAAGGAAGGACAGUGAAUCAGCCCUGGAUCAGCGUCUGCAUGUGAAAAAUGGCACAUCCCUGGCCUUCACUCACUCCUUCAACAGUCUACUCGCAUGGUAUAUA